AUGAAAAGAACCAGAUUCGACCGCACUGUUGAUGACAGCCAUAGCAACAAUGACUCGACUCCCGAGGAUACGCCAUCGCUAUUGACUUCACGAUCCACACCAUCCUUACCAGCACUCGUAAAUUAUGCAUUGCUUGCAACGUUAUCGAAGCGACCCCAGUCAAUGACCAUGCAUCGUGGCUCUAGUCAACAAGCGUCGUCACCAAUUCCUGAACGUAGCGUGCCUUUGGUUCGACGCAACUCCUUUAGCAGCUUUCUCACUAAAAAGUAUGGACAUACAAAGUCAACGCGACCUCCAGUGCCAGUCAAGAUUAUGGAGUUCAAUCCACCUACUCGCAAAGGACAUCGGCCUCGGUCGUAUUCAGAAGUACCAGCUAUACCGCCACCUGUGGAACGUGCCCCACCUGUUGCCAUGACAAACAAGACGCCGAUCUACGAAUACUAUGGUUUCGUCAUGUAUCUCGUGUCAUUUGUUGGAUUAGGCAUUUACUUGAUUUGGGCGUAUGUACCUGACGAGAUUCUUCACAGCUUGGGGAUUACUUAUUAUCCUAAACGGUAUUGGGCUUUGGCGGUUCCAAUCUGGUUGAUGACAUUGGUGUGGUUUAUCUUCAUUUCGUUUAUGAGCAUCAAUCUUAUGAACACGGCACCAUUUGACUCGUUCCAUUGCAUCACAGAUGAACAUGCCAACGUCAUGACAGAAGACUAUCAAGAGAGACCAGAUGACUGGACACCCGAGUUGCAUGAUAUACCCAUCAGCGUGGUCAAUGCGUUCUUAUACCAACAGCAACCAACGGGAUACAAAAAUGAGGAUAUGGAUAGUUUAGAUGAGCAUCUUACAUUGCGUCGGAAGACAAAACGUGAUUAA